AUGCCAGACAUCGCCGGUAGCCAGGAGCCGCUGCUGGGGCCAGCAUCGGCUAGUAGUCACGACGGCGGAAGCCGGGAGCGCAGAAAUUCUUACGGUUCUUCCUCUAGCAAAGACGAUGUGACAGUCACGGUGAGCCGCUCCGAAGAGGAGCCCGGCGUGCAUCAGGAUGGCAUUAAGCAGGCCGACGCCAUCAACCAAGUCUGGUCGAGAAACGCGCUGGUAGUCGCGUACUCCUUCAUGUUUCUAUGCUCGUUCGCGAACACGCUGCAGUACCAGAUCAUGUCGAACCUGAUGCCGUUCGUCGUCAGCGAGUUCCAAUCGCACUCGCUCAUCCCGACCAUCGGCAUCGUGGCCUCGAUCCUGAGCGGCGUCCUGAAGCUCCCCAUCGCCAAGCUCAUCGAUUCCUGGGGCCGGCCCCAGGGCCUCGCUUGCAUGGUCGUCCUCACCACCUGCGGGCUGAUCCUCAUGGCGACCUGCCGCAACGUCGAGACCUACGCCGCCGCCCAAGUCAUCCACCAGGUCGGCAUCAGCGGCUUCACCUACGUCCUCGACAUCAUCAUAUCCGACACCUCCUCCCUAAAGGACCGCGUCCUCGCCUUUGCUUUCAAUUCCUCCCCCACCCUCAUUACUACGUUCGUCGGCCCCUUGAUCGCCAUGGCCUUCAACCAGGGCGGCAACUGGAGGUGGGCGUUCGCCUUCUCCGCCGGGCUGUUCGCCCUGUUCUCGCUGCCCAUACUUGCCAUCCUGAUCCUUAACGCCCGCAAGGCGCGGCGGAUGGGCCUUCUUUCGAGGUCUGCCAACAGUGGCCCGUGGACCCUAUCCAGGUUCCGCCAAUUCCUGAUAGAUUACGAUGCUCUAGGGAUGUUCCUCGUUGCCGUCGGUUUAGCCCUCGUCCUGGUGCCCUUUUCGCUGUCGGGUACAGCGGUAAACGCCGGCGUCGCGAUCAUGCCUGUAUUCGGCGUCUUCUUCAUAGUAGCAUUCGCUCUGCACGAACGCCAGUCCCCGCGGCCGUUCAUUAAAUUCUCGCUUCUGUGCUCUCGCAACGUAGCCGGUGCUUGCCUGCUGUCCGUCGUCAUCUUCAUCGCGUACUUCUCGUGGGACGGCUACUACACCUCCUACCUGCAGGUGGUGCAUGACUUGACCCUGGCCCAGGCCGGCUACAUUGGCCACAUUUAUGGCAUCGGUUCUUGCCUCUGGGCUGUGGUCGUCGGAUACCUGAUUAGGCGUACCGACCGGUUCAAGUGGCUCGCCCUGUCUGCCGUGCCUGUGCACAUUCUCGGUGGCGCGCUGAUGAUCGUCUUCCGCCGGCCCGACACGAAUAUCGCAUGGGUUGUUAUGUGCCAGAUCCUCAUCACCAUUGGCGGUAGCACCCUUGUUCUGUGCGACCAGAUGGCCGUGAUGUCGGUUGCGGACCACUCGGAUCUCGCCUCCGUCGUGGCCCUCUUGGGGCUCGCUUACUACGUCGGUUCCGCAGUGGGCAGUUCGCUGAGCGGCGCCAUCUGGAACACGACGCUGCCCAAGGCGUUGGGCGAGCUCCUCCCGGACCUGUCCCCCGACGAGAUAGCCCUGAUUGGAUCGGAUCUCAAGAAACAGCUCAGCUAUCCUGUCGGUAGCGCCAUACGCGAUGCUAUCAUCGCCGCGUAUGGCAAGGCUCAAGUACGAAUGUGCAUCACCGGGACGCUAAUAACCCUACUUGAGAUAUUGGCCGUCAGUAUAUGGAAAGACGUUAGAGUCAGCAAGUCUACGCAGGUCCAAGGAACUGUACUAUAA